GCAGUCUUUGGUUCACUACAGUCGCGCCGGCAGGUUCACGCCGGACGGACGUUGUUUGUAUGGCGUGACGCUCAUAAACAAAAUUUUUUUUUUUCGCUAUUAUAUAUUUAUCAUUGGAUCUAACGGGAAAAUUCCGCCAGGAUCAGCAGCCAAAGAAAAACCAAGAUAUUAAAAAAGUGUGUGAUAAUUAUUUAAGUCGAGCGUAUUUUAAAAAAAAAUCGUAGAUAAUGUCGUCGUCGACCUGUAGCACCAGCAGGCUCAUCCGCUUUCAACUGCUGUUAUUAUCGUUACCCAUCGUCAUCUUUUUGGUUUGCCAGCAGGGUGAUGCUGCAAGAACGGCGAGCGACAGACAGACGACCGGCCAGCAUUGGGCAGCCAACAACAACAACAACAACAACAACAACCUCAAACGGCACGGUCGGAGGCAGCACAACAGUCGGCCGUGUUUCAUCUGCCCAGGAAGUUCGAUGCUGAUUUCUCCCGAUAGAUACGACGACGCCGACGUGGCGUACAACGGCGUGGACGCCCAACAACACGACGGCGCCGUCCGCAUGCCCGAACCCGUCGUCCGCCCCUGCCUCUAUUCCAACAAGUAUCAAAAAGGAAAGAUGAGAACGCAGGUGGUCCUGGGUCCGCAGCCGGGGACCGUGCUGGAUCAGGGAACGCAUCGGGUGGUUGUCAAGGUGGCCUAUCAGUUGGACAGUGACAACAACAUCACUGACAGAUCUUUAGCCCCGAGACAUCACGCUUACUGUCGCUACACCCUACAAGUUAUGCCCUCGUCAUUGGCUGCAGCAGAGGAGGAGAGUCGUGAACCGGUGAGAUUGUGUCGGCCGCCUCCGUCGCCCGAACACGGCCGGGUCGCUUGUUCUUCGGUCGGCGAUGACGUCAGUAUCACGACCUGCCGUUACACGUGCGACGAAGGAUACGUCACGCCCAAAACUGACCGCCAUCUCGUCCACCAAGACUGGGACUGCUACAGCGACCCUGGAACCAGUCGACCACCCAAGUGCAUCAAGUUUGAAUCGCCCGUUCCAUUGGACCCGAGCCAGUGCUCCGGAUUGAAUUUGACCGUGCCGGAUUUCGACCCAGUCCAACUUCCAUUGCCGAAAUUCCAGACUCCGGCCGUCAACAGCGCCGUUUACGUCACGUGCGAUCUUAAUGUCAUCCAGGCGGCCACCAACGGGUCCAGCAUCAGUCCCACCGUCUUCAAACGGCUUUGCGUGGCGAAAAACAACGAGACGGACGCCAAAUUCAACUGCAACUACGACAUCCAAAUUCAUCUUGAUCCCACUUCGGGCAGGACCGUGAUGUUUGCCGAAUUCCGGUUCCAGCUCGGACGUUUGCUGCCAACGAGUUCCUAUCCAACUUCCUGGUGCGAUGAUAGAGCCGUUGUUGAGCGGAUCAUGGAGACGGCCAAGACGGGUCUACUUCAGAGCAAUGCCGAGCCUUGUCAGACUGCCAAUUGUAGUCUAUUGACGGCCCAAUGCCAUCGUGAAAUCUCAAAUAACAAAAGUUCUGGCGCCGUGCUCAAUUUAGCAUGGACCGUGGCGGCCAGUUAUCAACCGUUCAGUUACGACGAUUACUUUUACGAAGGCUCAGAAGUUCCCGAAGGCGAAAUGCUGAUCGAAAAGAUCAAAGCUGAAACGGAAGUUUUGAUUCAAACGAAUUUGGAUUUCCGGAAGAAAUUGGAAACGGCCGGCGGUGACCUACUCGACAAGACUUUUCAGCUGGCCAAACUCGAUUUGAUUUGCCCUCUGCCGGGUUACGUUGUCAACGCAUCCACCAACAACUGCCAAAAAUGUCCACCAAACACUUUCCAGCAGAAAAGCGUCUGCCAGUUGUGUCCAGAGCGAACCUAUCAAGAUCGAGCUGGACAGACGGAAUGCCGGCCGUGUCCGAAUCGCCCGUCUGUAACCGUCAAGUCAUCUGAGCAUUACAACUCUCGGUGUCGACCCAGUCGGCCCGAUCACGCAUCCAUUGUGGCCCUGACAAAGCUGCCAAACCGCAAGUCAUCGUCCAGCACCAUCCAGACUCGGCAACUUUCUUCUUCUGCUUCCGGGAAACUGGGCAAAAUUGCAGCCGCUCACAGUCAAACGAGCCCCAAUCACAAUGAUAAAUUCACCAGCAGCAGCAAGUACAAAAAUCGGAGACAUCACCAGCAUCCGGUUUCACAUCAGCAGCCGUACCAGCAGCUGGCAACCGGACGCUCGGCCGUUUCCCGAAAUUCUUUCACAUCGCCAGCAAUCAACGACACGGCGGGCAUCGUCGACGACGACGAAGAUCCGUGUUCUCCUAAUCCUUGUCUGGCCGGAGGCACUUGUUUCCGGUCGACGCGCUACGCCGAUAAUAACCGGAUCGUCAGCAGUUUCAAAUGUUCGUGCCGAGUCGGAACCAAAGGUAUUCACUGCGAGACGCCGUACUGUCCCACUUUGUAUUGUCUCAAUGGUGGCACGUGUCACGUCAACCGACAAGUCAAAGGCAAUCUAGGACGUGACUUGUUGAACUGUACAUGCCCGCUAGGCUUCACGGGCUCCCGCUGCGAGCAUCGACGCCAAUCGAACAACAACAAUCACGUCAAGAUCCGCCACAAUCGUCAUCACAGUCUCCACCACCAACCAAAUGGUUCCGUCAACUUCAACGGUGACGUGACCCGGGCCAACAAAACAAUCGGCGCCAGCAGCAGAGGAGCUGCGGGACUAAUGGGCACUUACUGCGCUUCCAAUCCGUGCAAAAACGGCGGCCGCUGCGUCGACAACUCUCACGCCGCUCCCGGAUACUUCACCUGCUUCUGUCCGCCUAAUUUCCAAGGCGAAUUGUGCGAUUUCACACCUUGUCCGACCUCGAUCGCUAGGACGUCGUGUCCCAUGUCUUUUCAUUAUCCGUUAACGUCGGCGGGCCGUAGCCGGAAAAGGCAUUCCUGUUGGAUCCAGACAUCAACUGGACGCCGCCAGUGUUACUGGCCGCCACAUCCGCCAUCGCCAGCGUCGAAAUCAUCAUCCCCUGCUGCACCUCUCUACGAAAUAGCCUAGAAGGCGCGCGCAGCACAUUUGGUUUUUCCCGGGCUAUUAAAAUAACAAUUUCUAUUUGAUGUUAAUUCGCUUCAGCAGUAUAACAAUUCCCUCUUAUAAUAUAUAAAAGCAAAAAUUCUUAUACAUGUUGGACUCUUGCUGGGCAUCACGGAUGAUGUAAACAAGUAAAAAAAAAUGGAUAUUGUAGUCGACACUCACGCACCAUUGUUGCGCUUAUUUCUUGGCUCUUUGCGUCACGCUACAAGCGGCUGCGUGUCUGCUGGCGUGAAAGAAAAAGAUAUACGUCUUUUCGUUGUGACAUGUCCGUAUUUCCUUUCCGUAUAUUUCUAGAAAAUGACGAGAGCCACUCAGACACGACACACCACCCAACGACAAUAACCGCACCGAUGGAACGCCCCCCUUCUUCACUUUAUGUAUGCUGCCAUUUCAACAGUUGUGUCUGUUGCGUGAGUUAUGUUUGCUGUAAAAGCUCGUAAUGCAAUUGUUGUCCCUCUCAACCAAAACGUCGUCUCCUUAUUAUUAUGCCGACCCCCACAAAAAAAUGGCAUCGUUUUAAUAACUAUAAAAGAAGCUUUUCGUGUGUUACA